GUGAAAAUUUUAGAAAAAAUACAAAAAAGUUUGGGGAGAGGCGAAGUAUUCAACAAAUCUUUGUGUGACUAUUGAAUGAGUUCAGCCAUAUGAGCAGUUUUUUAAAAACAAUGGCUUGUUUUCUUCUUCAUUUUUCAUUUGUACCUAGGAGCAACCAACCAACAAAGAGAUCGGUGUACCUAGCUGCAUAACAGAGAAGAAAUAUUCCAUCAUUUCUCUCUGAGUUCUCACAUUUGUAGAGCAAGAGUUGCUGCAUGGAGUUGGGUCAUUCACGGCCCACUAGCACUGAUGAAAAAUAAGCAGGUCUUACCAGUUGAAAUAUGAAAUGCAAUGUUAAUUACUGCUAAAGAAAUGAUAGAUUUGUACUAACCUGUUUUCUGUUCUAGAAAAGCAGUGCAAAGUUGUUCUCUGCCAAGGUCAAGAAAGUGUCAUCAUCUUGUAUAUGAACAACAUUUUGUUUAAAAUAUCAUUGUUGUCCUUUGUUAAACUUUUAAACAAAUUGGAUCACCUAGGAUAUUUAGUUGUAGACAAUAUUAUCCUUUCUAGGUGUAUCAAAUAGAAAAGGAUUUAUUAAAGGUUGUAUGCUUUGCUCACAAACACAUUAGAAGGGCUGAAGAAAUAGACACUAACCUGAAAUUCCCGCACCAUAAUAAACCCAUGCCACAGAAUUGGACUGCCCGAGGAGCUGCUGUUUCUGUUAUGACCCGGAUGAUGCAGCAUCAGGAAGUUGAGCUUUCUUCCCCGACCAUCCUUUCCAGAUUUUGCUGUCAUUCCAGUCUACAGUAAACCUGGAAGUACUUCUAGAAUUAUUUUGGAGUUCUGGAGGCUGGGAGUCCACGAUCAAGAGGUCCACAGAAGCCUCUCUCAUUGGAUUGCAGUUGACAAAAACCGGAGGUGAGGGUCCGGGCGUGCCAAGGCCUCGGCGAUGGAGGGCGCAGCCUGCACCCCUGGGCUCUCCGCUGCAGCCCCUGGACCUCGGUUCUCAGAGCGCUCAGCGCGGCUCGGGGAGGAGGGGACGCGGCCGCCGUGGACCCCGUGCAGCGCGCAGGGCAGCCGAGCACCGCGCGCGCGAGCGGAAGGGCCUGCGGAGAGCCGGGGCGGGGAGGCGGGCCGCCGCGCACAAGCCCGCCCCCGGGUGGGCCCCGGCUCCCCGCCCUCCCCGCCGCCGCCAAGCCGACCGCCGCGGCCGGCGACCAUGCGCCGCCUCCCGAGGGCCCUGCUGCUGCCGGUGCCGCUCGCCCUGCUCGUGGCCGUCGCGGCCCCCGAGGCGCCCGUCAGCGCGCCGCGGAGCCUGGUGUGGGGGCCCGGACUCCAGGCAGGCGUCGUUCUGCCCGUCCGCUAUUUCUACCUGCAGGCCGUGAACUCGGAGGGCCAAAACCUCACCGGCUCGCCGCAAGGUCAAACGCUAUUCAAAGUAGUAAUCAAAUCUCUUUCACCUAAAGAGUUAGUCCGGAUUCAUGUCCCUAAACCUUUGGACAGGAAUGAUGGGACAUUUUUGAUGCGAUAUAGGAUGUAUGAAACUGUCAGCGAAGGGCUGAAGAUAGAGGUACUUUAUGGUGAUGAACAUGUGUCUCAGUCUCCCUAUAUUUUGAAAGGCCCAGUGUACCAUGAGUACUGCGAGUGUCCGGAAGAGGAUCCUCAGGCCUGGCAGGAUACUCUUUCUUGUCCAACCGAGGAACCACAGAUUGCCAAGGAUUUUGCUUCUUUCCCCAGCAUCAAUCUCCAGCAGAUGCUAAAUGAAGUUCCAAAAAGGUUUGGGGAUGAGAGAGGUGCCAUCAUUCAUUACACGAUUCUUGAUAACCACAUCUACCGGAGGUCCUUAGGGAAGUACACAGACUUCAAAAUGUUCUCAGAUGAGAUUUUGCUGUCACUGGCAAGAAAGGUCCUUCUCCCAGAUUUAGAAUUUUAUAUUAAUCUUGGAGAUUGGCCCUUGGAGCAUCGAAAAGUCAAUGAAACCCCUGGCCCUUCACCUAUCAUUUCAUGGUGUGGUUCUCUGAAUUCACGAGAUGUUAUCCUUCCAACAUAUGACAUCACCCACUCCACGCUUGAAGCAAUGAGGGGUGUUACAAAUGAUCUCCUCUCUAUUCAGGGAAAUACAGGGCCUUCUUGGAUCAAUAAAACAGAGAAAGCUUUCUUCAGAGGUAGAGAUAGCCGAGAGGAGAGACUCCAGUUGGUGCAGCUGUCCAAAGAAAAUCCACAGCUCCUAGAUGCAGGAAUUACAGGAUAUUUCUUUUUCCAAGAGAAAGAAAAUGAGCUUGGAAAAGCUAAAUUGAUAGGUUUCUUUGAUUUCUUUAAGUACAAAUAUCAAGUGAAUGUGGAUGGGACUGUGGCUGCUUAUAGGUACCCGUAUCUCAUGCUGGGUGACAGUUUGGUUCUGAAGCAGGACUCGCCAUAUUAUGAACAUUUCUAUAUGGCACUAAAGCCUUGGAAGCAUUAUGUUCCAAUUAAAAGAAAUCUAAGUGAUUUGCUAGAGAAACUUAAGUGGGCCAAGGAAAACGAUGAAGAAGCCAAGAAGAUCGCAAAAGAAGGACAGUUUACUGCUAGGGACCUGCUGCAGCCGCACCGGCUUUACUGCUACUAUUACAGAGUCCUACAGAAAUAUGCUGAGCGCCAGUCCAGCAAACCCACAAUACGUGAUGGAAUGGAACUUGUUCCUCAGCCAGAUGAUGACAUGUCCAUCUGCCACUGCCACAGGAAAAAAUCUUUAAGAGAAGAGCUUUAAGCCAGCCCAGAUUCAGACUCUUGUGUAUGCAGGCAACAUCCUCAGUGGAAUCAUUCAGAUAGAAUGUAAGCUGUGAAGAGCACAGUUUAAAAGACUUUAUCCAGUGGACUGGUUCUCUUGGUGGCUUUAUAUAAUGUGGAUGGAUGGAGCAAUAUUAGAGCAAGUAUUACCAAAUAUCUUCAAAUAUUAAUGUGUUUUAAGUAAAAACUGCUAUUACCAGCAUCACAGUUUCUCUAAAAAACUUGGGAAUCAGACUACACAGAGAGGCUUGCCUAAGUGUAGUUUGCCUAAAUCCCUCUCUGUGAAACUAUUUACAUCAUAUUUAUUGGUUUGUUUCUAUCCUUUAUUCACUUCCCCUUUCCUCUUCUAAUUAUGAAGAAAGAUAUUUGUUUGGGCAGAGUUUUCCCCCCUCAUUGCAUAAUUUCUCCUACAAGUUGGUUUUGACAUUCAGUAGUAGCAAGUGCCUUUUAGAAGGUCUGAUAAAAAAAAUCAAGGAAGAAGAUGACUCUGUUCUUAAAGGUAGCUUGGAGACUAUGGAGGGAAUUUUUUUUUUUUAUGUUUACUCCUGUUUAACCAAGUUUUACCAAGGCCUGAGACAAAACUAAGAAGAAAUAUUCCUUGAGCUAGUAAUUCCCAACCUAUCUGGGUUGUAUACCCAUCAAGGACAACAUAGUUAUUAAAAUAGAUGAGAACAUCCUUUGAGUACCAUUCAUUGUCUGUAUAUUGGAUAGACAGAAGGUGGGUAUCUUUAAUUCUUUGUAAUCUUUAAAAGUGAUACUUGAAAACCUCUGCCACCAGCUGCAGGAAACCUGGUCUCUUGAGAACUCAUAAUAAGCUGACGACAGAGGCAAGCAUCCAUUCCUCACUCUACCCCUCCUCUGUUUUACUGGAUUGCAUUACUAACAUAAAAACUUUGGAAAUUUCCUUUGCCUUUUAGGACAGGGUCAAGACUUAAGACUUAUAGCCUAGAAAUUCAUUACACACUCCCUGUAACACCACCAAGAUUCAGCUCACUAAAUCACACACUCCAAAAAUGACAGCUAUCCAUGCUCCCAAUCUAAAUAUAUUUACUCCCUCAGUUAAAAUAUUUACUUAAUUUGGAAAACAAUGUAGCCACUUUAAAGUAGUCAUAUCUGCUCUUCUUUGAAGAUCAAUAAGAGCACAUAACAUUUUUGAACCAGACAAAAGCAAAACUAUAUUUAUGAACAGUGUAAUCAAAGCCAAGUGUCCCUGGAAAAUUAAUAGCCUUCAAUUGUUCAAAACCACAUGUACACAAGUAUAAAAUAAAGGGUGAGCUGUACUGAGACCGUCUUCUGGUGACUCCAUGUCCUACAUAUAUUGUACAUGGAGUUUGGGCUUGUCAAAACCAAGAUUAUGGAAAGAAAGUUUGCUCUUAUUCACACCUCUCUGCCCUCCAACCCCAGGUCCUUCCUGAUGGCUACUUGAAUUUCGUUAGAAACAUCUUAAAUUUUAAAAUUUUUAUCGCUUGCUGCCAGAUAUUCCUAAUAGUUAAAAGCAAGUUGAGACAAACCAGGCAGCUUCUGGUGUGGAACAGGCAGGAUGAGCUUAAAAAAUUAAGUGGAGACUCUUGAGAAAUUCCACAGGAAAAGAGCAGCCUUAAUCUAGAUAAUCCACCAUCUCACUAACUCAGUCACAGCCUUUAAAAGGAGUUAGUUCUACAUGGCUUUCUGGUUUGCUGACAUGAAUAUAACUUAGUAAAACUUGGAUUCCUAGAAUCCUGAUUCUUUUCCUUCCAGUUCACAUAUUACCUAUAUGUUACAUUAGUCAUUUUUAGUACUUCAAGUUUCACUUAAGAUAUCUGAUAUCGAAAAGGAGAGGAGGGAUGUAAGGAUAUGAAAGUGAAUAUAAUAACUACAUUUGUCUAAGUAAGCUAUCAACCUGUUUGUUGCAGCAUUAUUUUAUUAAUAAAUGUUGGAAAUCUUGAAAAGCCAUCCUGAGGGAAUCGGCUAAAUAGAAAUUGAUACAUCAAGGAGAACAGUACAACCUUAAAGGGGAUGAAGCCGCUCUGAAUGUGCUGGCAUGAAAGAUUUCCAUGACAGUGUUCAGUGAACAGAACCAGUUACAGGACAACAUAUACAAUGUGAAACAUUUAUGUAAAAAACAAAAAUAUAUCCAUGUGCUUGAAAGUUUGGAAGGAGUGAGAUAUCUGAGGUGGGAUUGGAGUGAAGGGAAUUUUUAUGUUUUGAUUUAUACCUAUCAUAUUUAAAAUAGUUUUACUGUAAAUAUGAAUCAAAUUGUAAACCAAAGAGAAAUGCUAACCUAAGGAAAGACAAUAAAUGCACAACAAAUAUACAUAGGACAAGAAAAUGGAUAUUUACAUUUUCCAUUAUGCUGUUUUUAAAUCUAUGUCUAGAAUUUUAUAUCAUGGGACAUACUAUGUAUAUUUUUUAAAUAAAUUAAAUUUUCUAAAUAAAAUUUUGAAAAAGA